CCUCUCUCUGCCAUCAUGUCCCAGGGACUGCCGCUGCUGGACCUCGCCCCGGAGCUCAUCCACGCUUGUCUCCUCUUCCUCCCUCUGGAUGACAUCGCGUCGUGUUUGCACGCCGGGAGUCGCCUGCUUACAACACUCAUCUUGAACUCUCCUUCCAUCCGCUAUCGCAUCGAGCAAGAGGAGGCGGGGGUUGAAGAAAACCCUUACUCAUCUGCCUUUUCAGGGCUGGAUACAUCCGCGCGAUUGGCCGCGCUGCGCGCCCGCGAACGCCGCUGGCGCGAAUUCGACCCGGUAUCGCGGCACACAAUCGAGUACCCGACAUGGCCGGUACUGCUAUACACCAUUCGCGCCGGGCUCUGGCUGGAGGCGCGGGAAGCACAUGGUACGGGGGGAUCGGCGCUUGCCGACUCGCUGUCUUAUAUAGACAUGGCGCCGCAAGCGCAGCCCGCGGUCUGGCACACCGUGUUUUCUGGGACCAACUUUGCAAAUUUCGCAACCGCGCUCGAGGAGCAUGAUCUGCUGGUCAUUUUCACGGUUAUUACAUGCCCUGAUGAUGCCUCGAUGGUCUCGAUCGACGCGCUCAUGCUCACGUUUUCAACGGGAAGCCCACAUCCGAUAGCAGUCUUGCCAAAGGUCCAUAUAACACGUCGAGCGUCAAAUAAUCCUAUCAGCGACCUCAACGCCGAAAUCUCCGGAGACCUCGUCGCGCUCGCAAUCUACAACGAGGACGAGAUGUACGCAGACACGAACUGCCUGUACGCGUUUAAUUGGAAAAGCGGGAACAUUUUACUGGGGCCGGUUGUCAGCACUACCUUUGGCCUGGCGUUUCUGAGCCCCCGCGACCUUAUGAUUGCGAGUGCGACAGAAAACUGCCUGUUCAUCUACUCCUUCUCCGACUCGUCGUCCGCCCUCGUUCCCACGACGGCAAGACUGUGGCUCCCCGGCGUCCGCCCACGCACGAGCAUCUCCGGUCCGCGAAUGCAAUGUCGUCGCUCGCCCAGCCCACACAACAAAUUAUCUCACCCACAGUAUUACCAAGCACAAUUCCCCCCUGUGCCGAACUCUGCCCAUGUCUUCCUGUCCUACGAGACGAUCGAUCUCGACAGCGACGACCGCGAGAUGCACCCGUUUGUCCUCUUUCCGGGAUACAUUCUGGAUGUUGUACAAUCGAUCAAGGAGGAAAGGGACGGGAACGUGGACGGGGGUGAGGUGGAAAUUGAAUGGAAGACGUGGGGAAAAACAUGCACCCGUUGGCUGGAGCCACAAGAGGUCGCAGGCGCUUGGAUACUCGCGAGCUCUGGACAUCGCAUGGUCGCGUAUCCGCCGUACGACCCCGUGGCGCCGCGUGACCAGCCGAAGCGGAUGAAGAUACUGGAUUUUAAUCCCUACGGUGUCGCUGCGCUGCGGAGUCUUGUCGACAACGGCCCCGGUGCCCCGGCUAACAUUGGCGAUCAUAGGCGGCUAGUCCGCACUGACUCAAAGGCGUUCCAAAAGAACACCCCCGGGUUUAUGCACUUUGACAAGCGCGUGCGGUCGGACAACCAGUAUAUCGAGAUCACUGUGCCGGAAACUUUCACAUUCGACAACGUCUACUUGAGUGAGGAGUUUAUUGUUGGGCGGACACUAGCAAGUGGUGACACGGUCGGCGCCCGGGGGGGGGUCUUGGAGGUCCUUUACUUUGGAUAA